AUGUCGGGGAGGCUCGCGGCAUUAAGUAGUGGUAAUGUGAUUCGCAGUUUUCGGAUGCUCAAAACUUUCAACAUCGACGAGUUCUGUCUACUUGUCGUACAAAUGCAUCAUGAAAAAUCUGGGGCCAAUUUGAUUCAUCUUCUCCGCGACGACCCCAAUCGGGCAUUCGGUGUUCAGUUUAGAACCACCCCAUUUGAUGAUUCUGGAAUGCCUCAUAUUCUUGAGCAUACUGCACUUUGUGGAUCACAAAAAUAUCCUGUUCGUGAUCCUUUUUUCAAGAUGCUACGUCGAAGCCAGGCUACAUUCAUGAACGCCUAUACAGCCAGCGACUGGACUAUGUAUCCCUUUAGCACCAUGAACGAGAUAGACUAUCAGAAUCUACGUUCUGUUUAUAUUGAUGCGGCAUUUUUCCCCAUCCUGUCCAAAAUGGAUUUCAUGCAGGAAGGUUGGCGUCUGGAGCCAGAGAAGUUGGACGACUCUUCCUCCAAGUUGCUUCUCAAGGGUGUCGUCUACAACGAGAUGAAGGGCGUCUUCUCCAAUUCGCUAAACCUUCUGGCUCAAACCGUGGAGAAUAACCUCUUGCCAGUGAGCUAUGGUCAUGUCAGCGGUGGCCAUCCCGAUGCCAUUCCUAGUCUGAGUUUAGAGGCUUUGAAGAAGUUCCACAGUACCUUCUACCACCCGAGCAAUGCCACCUUUUACACCUACGGAAACGUCGAUCUGGACGAGUGUUUGGAAGCCCUGGACACCGAGUGCUUAUCCAAAUUCAACGUUCAGUCGGCUUCACCGCAAGUACCUCUGGAACCUCGUUGGACGGAACCGAGGCGCAUUAAGCUUACGUGUCAACCAGAUCCCACUCUCGCGGAUCCCUCUAGAAGUGGUGUGGUCUCCGUCAGCUUUGCCCUAACUGAUAUUUGCGACAUCUACACCAAUUUUGCUCUCUCAAUCGCCCUCUGCCUAUUGAUUGAUGGGGACAGCGCACCUCUUUACCAAGGUCUCAUCGAAUCCGGUCUGGGUCUGGACUGGACUCCCCCAGUCCAUGGUAUGGAUCGCAGUAUCCGUACCACUUGCUUCCACGUUGGCUUACAGGGCGUUCAACCCGGUACAGAUGCUGAACGCGUGGAAGCUGCGGUGAUGGAAAUACUCGCAAAGACGGUGAAAACGGGCUUUCCUAAGGAACGAGUAGAAGCAGUGCUACAUCGGCAGGAGAUCGCGCUACGCGAGGAUAACGCAAGGUUUGGUCUGCAGGUAAUUCUCGGCCUGGCAGGGGUUGUCAAUCACGGUGGUGAUGUGCAGACAGCGCUUUCGGCGCAACAAAUGGUGGACCGAUUCAAGUCGGAUCUGGCCGCGGACCCGGAGAUGCUGCAGAAGCUGAUCGAUCACUACUUAGUGCAAAAUCCACACCGUCUCUGUGUGACUAUGCUGCCUGAUGCGGAGUUUGAAGCUAAGCAGAAGGUGAAGGAGACUCAGAGGCUUGAAAAAGCUAUUAGUGGAAUGUCGGCGGAGAAAAGAGAAGAGUUGCUCAAAGAUGUGCGUGAAUUAGCGGAGAAGCAGAAGAAUCAGACAGAGGAGGAUGUCUCAUGUUUGCCCUGUCUCAGUCUCCUUGAUAUACCGCCCAAGUGCCGGCCUGAGCCCUUUACUGAGAUGCAGAUUGGUGAAACGUCAGUUAAUUUGAAUCAAGCACCAACAAAUGGACUCGUCUACUUGCACACUCUUGCCAACGUCUCCGAUCUUCCCCAGGACCUCCUCAUCUACUUGCCCAUUUUCACGUCCCUUUUCUCUCAACUUGGUGCGGAUGGUCUGACCUAUCAGGAAAUGGAUCUACUUCAAGAGCUUUAUACGGGCUCUUUCUGUGCCGUUCCCCAUGCUGUGGCUAGUCUUUCUGCGCCUGAGGCAGAGACGAAGCCUUGCACUCGACACGUACACAUUUCGACGUAUUGUCUAGCAGACAGGGUGCCACGGAUGUUGGAAUUGUUGUACAAGCGUCUGAGUGCAAAUAAUUGGUAUGAUCGGGCGCGCAUCUCCACGCUCCUGGCUGCUGAUGCUGCGAGUCAAUGGUCGGCCAAUGCGCUUUCGCAUAGUGCUCACCAUUUCGCAAUGCGUCGUGCGUCGGCCAACCUCUGCUCCCUCGGUCGAAUGUCCGAACUGUGGGGUGGUGUUGAGCAGGCAGCUUUCAUGCGCCAUUUGACGGCUCGUUUAAUAACCCGCUCAGACGCAGUGGAACGCGAUCGAGCUUUCAACGAUUUUAUUGCCAAAAUGCGUGCUAUUGCUGACCACCUUUUACUACGCCAGGCGAGAUUUCGAUUCAGCCUCCAUGGGGAAGAAGAUAAUUUGGCGCCAGCUUGUAAGCAACUGGAAGCCUUUCUUACAGCAUUACCUUUAAAGGUGAUUGAAAAGGAGGAAGUGAAGCUCACUCCUGAUCCGCCUGCUUUGAAGUCAAACAAUGCUUUCAUCACACUACCCUACUCCGUCCAUUAUGCGAGCCUCGCACUGCCUGCACCAUACUACACUUCCCCCGAGUUUCCCGUGUACCGAGUAUUGUCCAAGCUCCUCAAUUCAGCAUUCCUUCACACAGCCAUUCGAGAACAAGGUGGUGCCUACGGUGGUGGCAGCUGUGUCGGUCCCGGUCAAUUCGCCUUCUAUUCAUACAGAGAUCCCUCGGCUGGUGCGACUCUAAGAUUAUUUGAAGAAUCGCUUGACUUUGCUCUCUCCAACGAAUUUAAAGAGCAAGAAAUUGUGGAGGCGAAACUUUCUGUAUUCCAAGAGUUUGAUAGUCCAGUUUCGGCUGGAUCGCGAGGUCUGCAUGUCUUUCUGACGGGUAUCGACGAUGAGGAGAGACAGAACCAACGUGAACGUCUCUUUACAGUGGACGCGGUGGCGCUUAAACAGGCGGCUCAACGCCUGCACGACCAUCUGGUGUGUGCGGAGCGCGUGGGUCGUGCAGUUCUCGGACCCAGGGAUGCGAAAAUGGAGGAGGACAAAAAGAUGGGACAGAAGCAAGAGUGGGAUGCGGUAGACCUUUCACAGACUGAUUAA